AUGUUGGGUGCACAUAAAACCUAUUUCAGGUCUUUGACAAGACGUAGUGAAAAGACUCCUUCCUAUCUAAAUUUUAAGGUAGAAGGAAUUUCAUUGUAUUUUUUACUUUCUAAAAAUACUACAACAAAUAGAUUCUAUAUAAAACCAUUUUUUAGAACUACACCAAACUGUAGAGCUCUCCAACUACCAUUCACCACAGAAGAUAUCUCCUCUGAGAGCAACUCAUCAUCGGGAAGUCAUGAAGUCUCAAGAUCCAACAAAUCGUCGUUACCGACCAUCACACUAAUCGAUGCCAUCGAAUUCAACAAAGAUGUAGUUAAUAAGGAGGACGAUGAGAAUAGAGAGAGAUUAAGUACACUUGCCACUACUAUUAAGCAAUCACAAACUUCAACUUUCUCUCGUUUCCAAUCCGAUUUCACUACAACAGAGGAACCGAUUGGAAGAGGUGCCUAUGGAAAGGUCUUCAAGUGCUAUAAGCAAUUGGAGAACGCUUUCUAUGCCGUUAAGCGUGUUGCCUUCACCAAGGAUUCCAUCAAUGAAUUACAGCUACAUGCAUUGUUCGACCAUCCUAACAUUGUCAGACUUUAUAGCUCCUGGGUAGAAAUGCAAUCACAUUGUCCGGAUGCUGUUGCCUCCGGAGAGAAGUCCAACACCGAACCUAAAUACAAUUUUGAAACCGAUGGAACAUUAAGUGUGUGCGAUGAUAGUGAUAGUAAUUGUUCCAACUAUAGCAAUAAUAGUAUUAGUAAUAACAAUAAUAUUGAUAAUAAUAAUUGUAAUAAUAAUAGUUUUAAUUGCUAUUCGGAAAAACAAGAAUCACAAAAUAAUAAUUUGGAUUUAGAUUAUGAAAAUCAAUUUGUUUUGUAUAUCCAGAUGGAGUGGUGUCAAACGACUCUCCAAAAAUGGAUGGAGUCCAACAUUCGUUUGAUCGAUGUUUCCGUGGCCACAAAGAUCAUUAUGCAAUUGUUAAAGGCUCUAGAGUACCUACAUUCCAAACAUACCGUCCACUGCGAUAUUAAACCCUCGAAUACGCUCAUUAAAUUCGACGGAGAUGGAAGCAGCAAUCCAAUUGUAAAGCUCUGUGAUUUCGGAAUAUCCAGCCAUUCAAAUCUAUUGGUAAAGAGUUGCAAAAAGUUUGGUACCGAAAUCUACUGCAGUCCUGAGCAAAACGAGGGUCGCUAUGGUGUAGACGAGCUUACCGAUGUCUUUAGUGUUGGUGUCAUCUUCUAUGAAAUGCUUUGGAGAAUGGUAUACGGAGAUUCCGCCAAUACACUCAAUCCUAAACUACUAGCUUUAAAGGACCACGAAAUCGACGAUCCAAUUCUCUUGAACCUAUUCCCAAAUCAAUGUGAAAUAAUCAAUAGAAUGAUUGCUCCAAAACUUGGUCGACCAUCUGCCUCAAUUCUCUUACAAAAAUAUUUUUAA